GUGACUCCUGCGGGCAUGCGUCCGCGCGCGUGCGCAGGGGACGACUGGCGUGCCGUGCGCGCCCCUGGCCCGCCCCACCCCGCGACGUCCUCCCUGCGCGCGCGCGCCCGGUCACUCCCAGUUCUUAUAGCGCCGCGGGCAGCGGUUGGCGGCGGGGACAGCACGGACAGGGGAGACAUGGCGGCACGUCAGCUCGUGGUCCUGGCGCUGGCUCUGCUGAGCGCCGACGGCGACUCUGGAACAGGGAGCGGGAUCCGGACAUCAGUAGAUGACAUUGGCUCCAAAACACGCCUUACCUGUGCCUUGAACCACAGCACCACUGAGAUCGUCGGCCACCGCUGGGUGAAAGGGGGCAGGGUGCUGAAGGAGGACACGCUGCCUGACCUGAAGACGGAGUACGAGGUGGACACGGAUGACCGCGCUGGCGAGUACUCCUGCAUCUUCCUACCCGAGCAAGCGGGCAGAACCAGCAUCGAGGUGAAGGGGCCCCCCAACAUCAAGGCCGUGAAGAAGUCUGAGCAUGCCACCGAGGGGGAGUCGGUCGUGCUGGGCUGCAAGUCUGACUCCUUCCCCCCGGUCAGCGAGUGGGUGUGGUACAAGACAGAAAGCUCUGGCGACCAGGUCAUCAGCAACAGCUCCCAGAACAAGUUCUUGGUGGUAUCCUCGGAGACCAAGACGGAGUUGCACAUCUCGAACCUGGACCUGGAGACCGACCCCGGCAGGUACACUUGCAACGGCACCAGCUCAGAGGGCACUGGCCAGGCCGUCAUCGUGCUGCGCGUGCGGAACCGCUUCGCCGCCCUCUGGCCAUUCCUGGGCAUCGUGGCCGAGGUGCUGGUGCUGGUCACUGUGAUCUUUGUCUACGAGAAGCGGCGGAAGCCGGAUGAGGUCCUAGAUGAUGAGGACACGGGCUCUGCUCCUCUGAAGAGCAGUGGGCACGUCAACGACAAAGGCAAGAAUGUUCGCCAGAGGAACGCCAACUGAGGCCUCCAGCCUCUGUCCGGAGCAGCUCAGCGUCUGCUGUUGGCAGAGUCCACGUUCUUUCCUCCUAACGGAGACCACACCGUGGGUCAUGUCCUGUUUCUUUCCUUUUUUAAACUAAACUAGGGUUUUCUACAUGUAGGAUUCUGUUCCUUAGGAGUUUUGUUUUUCCUUUUUAAACAUUUUGUGAGCGCCUUGGGGAAGCCAUUAGCUUCCUGUGAGACUCCUGCCAUCCUCGGUCGGUCCCCUCGCUGUGCCCCCCGCCUGUCCCUGCCACCCCCUAACCCGUCCCCUCAUCAUCCCAGCCCAUCCAGGGGGUCGUGAAGGGCAGACCGACCUUUGUCUGGGGCUCUACCUCCUGAGGCACUUUGCGGAAGGUCAGGGGUUGUGCGGUGCUUGCGGCCUGCCUGCCUGAGGUCCGUGCUGACAGGUCCCUUCCAGUCCGUGCUGUGUGUCGGGAUGGCUCCUGCCUGCCCCUCACUGCCCCUGCCGUCCACAUGCCCGGCUGCGGAGGAGUGGUGUGGAGGCAGCCACGGGCCCCCUGCCCAGCAUCCUGACCUGCCCACCACCUGCCUGCUCGCCAAUAAAGGCUGACCUGUGUCCAUCU